AUGGAUCGGAUCUGGACCCUGGUUGUGUGUUUGGGAGUUGUGAGUUCUGCUGCGCCUGGCUCGACUCAGGAUUCAUCCGGGGUGUUGUUUCUGAUCUCGGGUCCGGAGGUGUUGCAGGCUGGGACACCCACUCCGCUGGCUGUCACCGUCCUUGCUGACUUCUCUGGCAGGGUGAUGGCAGAAGUGGUGCAUGGCAGCACCAAAGUGGCCCAAACAGAGGACUUCCAAGGAGGUUUGACCAGAGUCCUCACACUCCCUCCUAUUCUUGGAUCUAUAACCAAGAACACCCUCUUAAACUUGACGCUGAGCGGCUACAGGGGGGACGAUCUCAUUUUCACCAACACCACCAGCCUCAAAUUCAGCCCCAGGAAUGUCUCCACCUUCAUUCAAACCGACAGAUCACGCUACCAACCGGGCGACACUGUCAGAGUCAGAAUUGUGUGUGUUCGGUUGGAUAAUCGUCCAUACAAAGGCAGGGUGGAUAUCUCUGUACAGGAUCCCAGUGGGAGUGUUGUGGACAGGUGGGGGUCCACAGGGAAUCUGGGGAUCGUGUUGCAGGAAUUCGGUCUAUCCCAGACGCCUCUUCUUGGCCAGUGGGCGAUCACAACCACAGUGAAUGGCAUGACUGAUCAGAGAGCAUUCAUUGUGGAGCAUUACGAGCGUCCUCCUUUUGAAGUGCUGUUCAAGACGGCGUCACAGAUCCUCGUUGGAGAGGACGUGUCAGGAUCAGUGAGAGCGCUUUACCCCAGUGGACAACCUGUACUUGGAACACUCACUGUCUCAGUCACUCUGGCAUCUGCAGCCUCUCCAUUCAUCCACACACAAACUAAAGAGAUCUACGGGUCAACAGGGUUUCUCUUCAGCAAAGAUCUGCUUCAAGACCUUCACGAUUCAUCAGGAACCAGCAGCGACGGCCGAUUACAUGUUGCUGCCAGUGUUGCUGACAGCUCCACAGGAGUUAAAGUGAACCAAACGAGUGAAAUCCAUCUUAUGAAGAACACAUUCCAGCUUGCAUUCUACGAUUUUCCACCUGCACUAAAGCCAUCUUUACACUUCUCUUCAAAACUGAGGAUCUCUCGAUAUGACAGAAAGCCACUGAGCUCAGUGGAUCUAAUGUACUCUGCUGUGGUUGAAGUCACUCAGAGAACAUCCAUGGCGACUGCUGAGCCUACGACUCUGACACUUCCAGUGCCCGAGGACGGGAACAUCCACGUUCGGUUUAAGUUACAGGAUCAAGUAGUGAUGCUUUUUAUUAGGGCAAGAUUCCAAUCCAGUGAGGAGACUCUGAGGGUCUACAACAACUACUCCUCUCCUAGUGGCUCAUAUAUUCAGAUCUCCCCAAUCGAAACCUUACCUGCACAGGUUGGAUUGCCUCUUCAGCUGGACAUAGAGAGCACCUUUCAGCCAACUGAUCUCCACUUUGUGGUGAGCUCUAGAGGUCAAGUGGUGGCCGCUGGGACAGAGACUUCUUCCUCUUUCUCUCUGACGCCAGCAGUGUCCUGGUCCCCUGAGGCCUGUGUCACUGUCUACUGCAUCCUUUCUGACGGGGAGGUCACCAGCGACACAGCGGACAUACCCAUCAACCAACACCACUAUGUGUCUCUAAACUGGAGCAGCGACAGAGCCCAGCCAGGUGAGCAGGUAUCCCUCACGGUGACUGCUCUUGAACCCAGGUCCCAGGUAAGAAUCAUGGUAAUGGGGACACGAGGUGACGCUCCGCCGGCUGACCUCGACUUGAAGGCGGAGCAGGAAUGUAAUAUUAAGAUGCUGACCAAUGCCAGGCUACAUAAGAAAAACAAGCCCAGUGGACCUAAAAAUGACGAUGAUGCCUUAAUGGUAGAGAAGUACUGGAGCCACUGGUUGGAUACCGCUGAAUCUUUGCUGUGGUUAGAUGCAAAUGUAAGUGAUAAAACGUGGACAAGUGAGGAGAUAACAGUGCCAGACGGCUUCACGUCUCUGAGAGCCGUUGCACUGGUGAUGUCAGACAACCUGGGUUUGGGCUUCACGCCUGCACCGCAAAAACUGAGCGUGUCCAAAGAUUUUUCCCUGUCUCUGGACGUCCCAUCACACCUCAUCAGAGGAGAGGAGAUUGUGCUGCAGGUGAACAUCAUCAACCAUUUAGAGCACGACGUGGAGGUCAUCCUGCUGAUAGCGCAGAGUGAGGCCUUUGAGUUUGUUUUGGCAGACGACGGGGAUGUCUCUGUGGUAAAUGCCCAAAAACUGAUCUUAGGGAGCCAUGCGUCUGCUUCGGCGCUGUUCCCUAUAAGGCUUUUGGCUCUGGGCAUGAUGGAAAUAACUGUGGACGCCAUAUCUGCGGAGGCCUCAGACAGCCUUGUUUGGACAGUGCUUGUGAAGCCUGAGGGAGUUGAACGGUCCUUCUCGGAGACUCUGUUCCUGGAGCUGGCACCAAUCAAACACAACAAUUCCAGAUCCGUCUCCUUCUCCUUUCCACCAGAUGUGGUGCCGGGCAGCCAGAGGGCCCAUGUGGCAUUGGUUGGCGAUAUCUUGGCCCUGUCCAUCAGUAACUUGGAAUCCCUGGUUCAGAUGCCUCUUGGCUGUGGGGAGCAGAACAUGAUCCACUUUGCGCCGAGUGUGUAUGUUCUGCAGUACCUGGACAAAUCAGCCCAGGACAACAAGGAGACCCGGAGCAGAGCUCUGGGCUACAUGAAGGAAGGAUAUCGGAGACAGCUGUCCUACCAACGAGCCGACGGCUCAUUCAGUGCUUUUCUUGGCACCUCUGGGAGCACGUGGUUGACAGCCUUCGUGCUCCGGUGCUUCCUCCAGGCUCAGCCCUACAUGCAGGUAGACCAGAGUGUCCUGAGCAGGGCCAUGGUUUGGCUCUUGAAACGCCAGGGGCCACACGGGGAGUUCGGCGAGGUGGGCAGGUUGAUCCACACGGAGAUGCAGGGAGGGCUAGACAAUGGCCCGGUGGCACUCACUGCCUAUGUGCUGAUGGCACUGCUGGAGGACGGCAGCUAUGCGGACAUGUACUCAGGUAACGUGUCCCUUGCCCGGAGGUACCUGGAGGACAAAGUGUCCAGUGGAGGGCUCAGUAACUACAGCCUGUGUCUGGUGGCCUAUGCUUUAGCUCUGGCUAAUAGUCCUGUGGCCAGCACUGCCCUGACUGAGCUCAGCAGGAGAGCAGACUACGCAGAUGGAGUCAUGAUGUGGAGCUCUUCGGCCGGCCGGGAGUCACAUGACUGGCAGCCGCGCUCGGCGCAGAUCGAGAUGACCUCCUAUGUGCUGCUGGCUCUCUUCAGGCGGGGCAGCUUGGUGGAGGGCAUUGCGCUCAUGAAAUGGUUAAGCAAGCAGAGGAAUCAUCUCGGAGGCUACGGGACGACACAGGACACUGUAAUUGCCCUCCAGGCUAUGGCUUACUACGCUGCCUUCAGCGGCGCCAACGCCAUCGACCUCAGGCUCAGAAUAUAUGCCCCAAAGUCUUUGUUUGUGUCAAUAUUUCACAUAAACUCCACCACCUAUGAGACGUACCAGAGCCAAGAGAUUAAUGCUGACGAACAUGUCGACCUAAAUAUAUACAUGGAGGGAAGAGGAUUUGCAAUAUUUCAGCUGAAUAUCUUUUACAACCUGGAGAGCAAAGCAUUUUCACAGAGCCUCCGGCACGCCACGCACGAGGAGGCUUUCUCGCUGGAUGUGGAUGUUACUGAGGAAAGAGACCACAAUCACAUGCUGUUAUCGAUAUGCACCAGAUUAAAGGACGAUCAGACGAUACCUCACACAGGCAUGGUCAUAUUGGAUGUGGGCAUGCUCAGUGGUUUCAGUCUCUCGCCUGCAGCUACGCCAACCGAUCUUAUCAGGAAGGUGGAGGUACUGCCAGAGAAAGUCAUCCUCUACCUAGAUUCACUUACCAAGUCAGAGGUUUGCAUCAGACUUCCAGUCGUCAGAGAUUACAAAGUGGCCCGCGUACAGGAUGCAGUGGUGCAGGUUUACGACUACUAUGAACCGACGAGAAAAGCGACGAGAACAUACAACUCGGAUGUUCUGCACAACAUGAACUCCUGCUUCUUCUGUGGUGAGGACUGCGGUCGCUGUACCUCAGGAUUCACACUCGCGGUGUCCUCCCAGAUGUCGUCCCGCCCAGUAAGCAGCGUCACCCACAGCUUAGUUUUCCUGUUUCUUGGAGUCGCUGCUUUUUUUUAUUGAAGUCUAUAGCUAUGAUAUAAUUAGGCGUAAUAAAUAUACAUCAUUUUAGUUUGUACACACGUUGAUAUGCACAGGAUGCAAUUUUUAAUGUUUUUUGUAUAAUGUUACACUACUUUAAUGAUUUCUUGACAAAUGAUUGUGAUAUUUAGAGGCCUGUCCACUCUUUUGCGCAGUGCACGGGCCUUCUGCUGUUUACGAUGUGUUUUGUUUUUGAGCAGAAUGUGAAUGAAAAAAUUUGGAAACCUCUCUGUUAAAUUUAUGUUCUCGCCAUAUUUGUUUUGGUAUGAUACACUCGAAAACAAAUAAAAUCAUUUCCUUAUUUAGUUUAUAAAUCCUGCCAUCCUCCACACGAUUCCACGUGUUGAGCGGAAUAGAAAGUUGGAUGAAGAGUUCAUGUGCAGUUGCAAACUGAACGAAUGAAAAAAAGAUUUAUUUCUCAGCACCACAUGUGUCCUGUUGUCCCCAUUUUGGCAGAAAAUGCAGACAUGUUAAGCUGCCUGAAGCAAUAAGAGGCUAAAAUAAGAUCGGCUCCGCUGUACUCUUCAGGAAGUGACUGACUUUUGGGCUUGAUAUGUUUUCACUCAGGUUGCUUUAUAGCAGUCCUGCUUGUGGGAAUCAGUCCACGCUGGGUUAGAGUUUAAAUUUGUCAUCCAGAAGGAAGAUGCCCUCAUUUACAAUGAGAUAAAGUCUGCCUUACCCCUCUGCGACGUCAUGAAACUCUGAGCUGAAGGAAUGCAGACUGACCUGCAGGAGCAUGCAGUCGAAAGGUUUGGGGUUGUUGAUGCAUCAAGAAAUAUGAGUUAUUUCUGAGAUUCCAGCCCCAUGUUCAUUUUGCGCCACAUGAACAUUUCACACCAUGUUCCCCUGAACAUGAUUACUUUUUUCAUCGUG